UGACAUCCUCCCAUUGUCACUGCGCAUGCGUGGCUCAGGGAGCGCACAGCGCGGCGAUCGAUGGUGUGCUGUGUCCCUCGGACACAGCGGAUCACCAGAAAGAGCCGAAGAUGUCAGCUUGGUCAUGUGAUCAGCUGUGUCCAAUCACAGCUGAUCACAUGGGACAUGUACACUGAUCAUCAGGGCACUGAUGAUCAGUGUGCCCUGAUGAUCAGUGUAGCCCCAGCAGUGCCACCUGUCAGUGUCCAUCAGUGCCUUAUGUCAGUGCUCAUCAGUGCCUCGUGCCAGUGCCCAUCAGUGCCACAUAUCAGUGCCUACCAGUGCACAUCAAUGCCACAUAUCAGUGCCCAUCUGAGCUGCCUUUCAGUGUCACCCAUCAGU